AUGGACGCCGCCGCCGCCGCUGUCGCCGCCGCGGGCCCGGCCGCCGCGGCGCGGGAGGCGGACGCGGGCGCGCUGCCCGAGCGCAUGCAGCGGCGCGACGAGGCGCGGCGGCUGGCGGCGGCGCAGCGGCGGCAGCACCGGCAGGAGCGGGAGGUGGCGGAGGAGACGCAGGACUUCUUCGCGGCCGCCCUGGCCCGAGAGCGCGCGGCCGUCGAGGAGCUGCUGCGCGGCGACCGGCCGGAGCCGGGGCCGGAGCCGGAGGCGGCGGCGGCCGAGCGGCUGGAGGCGGCGGCCGCGCGGCUCCAGGGCUUCCAGAAGCUCCUCAACGACUCGGUGGCGUUCGUGGCCGCCUACGACCUGCGGCAGGGCCAGGAGGCGCUGGCGCGGCUGCAGGCGGCCCUGGCCGAGCGGCGCCGGGCGGCGCAGCCCAAGAAGCGGUUCGCGUUCACCAGCCGGAGGAAGGAGGCGGCCCCGGCGGUGGACGCGGCUGCUGCCGCCGGCCGCCCGGCCUCCCCGCCGCGCGCCGCGCCCGGGGACCGCGACAGCCCCGGCCCCGGCGACCCCGACGCCCCCAGCGGGCUCUGCGGCUUCGCCCACGUGGAGUCCCGCGUCCUGGAGAAGGGGCCCGAGGAGCUGCGCCAGCGCGACGUCCUGCUGACCGAGCUGCGGGACUGCACCGUCCGCCUGCGCGGCAACCCCAACACCCUGCGCCUGCACCGGGCCCGCGGCUGCACGGUGCUCUGCGGGCCCGUCUCCACCUCCGUCUUCCUGGAGGACUGCAGCGACUGCGUGCUGGCCGUGGCCUGCCAGCAGCUCCGCGUCCACACCACGCGGGACACCCGCGUCUUCCUGCACGUCACCAGCCGGGCCAUCGUGGAGGACUGCCGCGGCAUCCAGUUCGCCCCGUUCACCUGGAGCUACCCGGGCAUGGACCGGGACUUCGAGAGCUCGGGCUUAGACCGGAGCCGCAAUCACUGGGACGACGUGGACGAUUUCAACUGGCUGGUCCGGGACCAGGCGUCCCCGAACUGGAGCCUUCUCCCCGAAGAGGAGCGCGCGCGCCCCUGGGACUAGGCCCGCCGCUGUCCCUUGGGCUCGGCUCCCUCCCGGUCCACGUGCCGCCCGCCCUGGGGGACGCCAGGGUGGCCGCGACUCUUGUCACCCCCCUCCGCGCUCAGUAUUUUAAGAUCAGAGGGUGGGGGCGCCUCCGUUUUUUGGGGUUUUUUUGUUUGUUUUUUUGUUACGGGAAUGAUAGGGCCGACACCAUGAAAGCUGCCUUUCUGAGCUCUGGUAGGAGCUUUCACUGUGUGCAUCCUGCUAUUAAAAAUCGGGAGGGAAGAACCGGCCCCCGUUGGCGGUGGAGACACACACCCCACCCCACCUCACCCAACGGAAGCGGGAGUGGGAUUGGUACUAGGAGUGUGAAGAGGGAGGGGCUGCCUGAUUGGUCCCUUCUGCUCUCCGAUAGGCGGAGGGAGGGGCGGCCAGUAGGACGCGAAGGGGAGGGGGCUGGCUGAGUCUGGGUGCGGUGGGGACUGGCCUGCUAGGUGCCAACGUUAAGCCGAAGGAAGGGUUUGGCUGGGGAGAAGUCUUGGGUGCCCUGGCCUGUUUCAUUCCCACUGCUGCUGCCUAAUGGCCACAAUCGUGCCUGCUGUGACUUCAGGCCACUGCGGAAACCUCUGGAGCUUUUCUGACCCUGCCCCCCCAAACCACUCUGAGCUCCCCACCAAGCCUGGCUGUCUUAAGAUUUCCCUCAGCAUCUGUUGAUGCCACUCCGGCUGAUCUGUGGCUUCCACAGCAGAGUGGG